CGCGCGGCGGCCGGCUCCGGGGCGCGCGCCGGGGCUCCCCGCUACGUCACCCGGGAUUCCCUUUCGGUGUGACGUCACCUGGGACGCCGCCCGGGGGCGGGGCCGCUCCCCUCCCCGCCUAUGACGUCACUCGCGCCACGUGGCUCCGCUCCGAGGCGGGGCGGUGCUGCCACGCCCCCCGGCGCCGAUUGGCCCCGGCAGCGGGAGGCGGGCACGGAUUGGCGGCGCGGCGGGUGAAUGAGCGGCGCGGGGCAGCGGCGGGACCCCGGUAGAACGGCGCGGAGCGGCCCCCGGCCCCGGGAGCUGCAGCGGCCACCCCGCGGAGCCGCGCCCGGCCGGCACCGCCAGGUCUGUGCGAGGAGCCGCCGGGCGGCGGAGGGAAAGUGGGUCACGGCGGGGCCCAGCGCCCCGGGCACCGGCAGGGCGGGACCGGACCUGCGUGCGCCGGCCCGAGCAGGGCGCCUCCCGCGUCCCGGAGCGGCCCCGCCCGCGCGGCUGGCCUCCUGCCCGGCGCCGCGGCCCGCCCGCUCCCUGCGGCCGCGGCGCGUCCUUCCUCGCCGGGCAGCCGCGUCGGAUCCCGGGGAAAGCGGGCCGGGAGCGGAGCCUGACGCCGGCUCCGCGGUGCCCGCAGCGGCCGGAGCCAUGGGCACGCCGGCCUCGGUGGUGAGCGACCCUCCGGGGCGGGCAGCACCCGCAGCCCGCGGCCGCAAGCGGGGCUCGGCCAACAUCUUCCAGGGCGUGGGGCUGCCGGAGCUGCGGAGCCUGUUCCAGACCGGCGGGGCCGAGCGGCCCGAGGAGCGCGCCCGCCUCGUGUGGCGGUACGGGGGCCAGCGGCGCAUGGCGCGGGCCCUGCGGCGGCUCCGGCGACGGCAACCGGCCCAGCCCGGCGGCGGGAUGGCGCGGACCCUGCGGCGCUUCGGCCGCCUGCGGAUCGCGGAGAAGGAGCCGGAGGCAGCCGCGGGGUCCGUGUAGCAGCACCAGGCUGCGAAGGUGCAGGGCUGCUGGACAGCAGGUGCCAGGACCUGUGAGGACACUAAGUGUGCGGACAGGCUGCAAUGGUUAAUAAAAGGUGGACAGUGGUGGCUGCGUGA